AUGGCAAAGCCGCGGUGGCUCGGCCUGAGCCCAGCUGCGCAGAAGUGGUGGAAGCCUCGGCAGAAGAAGCUGGAGAAGAAAGAACAGAUCAUAGGCAAGAGCAGACUGAAACAAACAAAAAUGCAGUGUCUCUAUCCAGGUCUCAGAGGGAGGGAGCUGAGGGGAGUGAAUCAGAGGAGAACUCCACUUCAGACUCAGAGGAGCGCGAGUCCUCAGACUCUUCGCUUUUUGAGAAGCGAGUGUCUGGAGCAGGGAUUUCUGAAUGAAACGAAAGCGAGAGACGCGAGGACGAGAGCAGUUAAGCAGGUGGACCUUGCCCUGGUUCAGGAAGCACACAGUGACCGCGUGAAUGAGGUGGACUGGCAGAAGGAGCAGGAGGGCAGACUCGUGUUAAGCCAUGGGAGCCCAAGCAGUGCAGAGAGGACAGCGUGGGACAUCAUGGAGCAGCAGGAGCUUUCAGCUGGUCUCACUCAACCCCGCCUUCAUCCAAACCAAACCCCCACCCAAAAGACACUCAUCAACCAAACCCGGCCCCACCCAAAGGUGACCCCUCAGCCAUACCAUGCCCCAGCCAAAGGUCAAUCCUCAGCCAAACCCUGCCCCACCCAAAGGUGACCCGUCAGCCAAACCUCGCCCCACCCAAAGGUCACUCCUCAGCCAAACACUGCCCCAGCCAAAGGUCACCCCUUAACCAAACGCUGCCCCACCCAAAGGUCACCCCUCAGCCAAACCCUGCCCCACCCAAAGGUCAGCCCUUAACCAAACUCUGCCCCACCCAAAGGUCACCCCUCAACCAAACCCCACCCCACGGUCACCCCUCAACCAAACUCCACCAAACCCAAAGGUCACCCCUUAACCAAACCCCACCCCAUCUAAAAGUCACCCCUCAGCCAAACCCUGCCCCACCCAAAGGUCACCUCUCAACCAAACCCCACUCCACCCAAAGGUCACCCCUUAACCAAACCCCACCCCACCCAAAGGUCACCCCUUAACCAAAUUCCGCCCCACCCAAAGGUCACCCCUCAACCAAACUCCACCAAACCCAAAGGUCACCCCUUAACCAAACCUCGCCCCACCCAAAGGUCACCCCUCAACCAAACCCCACUCCACCCAAAGGUCACCUCUUAACCAAACCCUGCCCCAACCGAAGGUCAUCCCUCAACCAAACCCUGUCCCACCCAAAUGCUUUAACACAACCAAAACCCACCCACCAGUCAAGCCCCAACCAAACCCUGCUCACCUGUUUCCUAUUGCUGUGCACUGUCCAGUCUCUUCCAGUUCCUGGAUGGGGCAGCGUCCUCCAAGGAUGAUGGUGUUCAUGGUGUUCAGUGUUGCAGCCAUCAAGGUCUAAAUGAGUUAAUGUUUUUCAUGAAACCGUAAAAUGUUUCACUUCCAGCAUCUGA